CCCAGCACGGCUUGGCCUCUCUCUCUCUCUGUCUCUGCCACCUGCUCACUGUCUCACCUCCUCCCGGGCACCAUGACCACCUGCAGCCGCCAGUUCACCUCCUCCAGCUCCAUGAAGGGCUCCUGCGGCAUCGGGGGCGGCUCCAGCCGCAUCUCCUCCGUCCUGGCCCCCAGCGCCUAUGGGGGCCUGUCGGUCACUUCCUCCCGCUUCUCCUCUGGGGGAGCCUGCGGGAUGGGGGGGAGCUAUGGCGGUGGCUUUAGCAGCAGCAGCAGCUUCGGUGGAGGAUAUGGAGGUUUUGCUGGCUAUGGUGGUGGCCUCGGUGCUGGCCUCGGUGCUGGCCUGGGUGGUGGCCUUGGUGGUGGCUUUGGUGUUGGCUUCGGUGGUGGCGACGGGCUCCUCGCUGGUAGUGAGAAGGUGACCAUGCAGAACCUCAACGACCGCCUGGCCUCCUAUCUGGAGAAGGUGCGUGCCCUGGAGGAGGCCAACGCUGAGCUGGAGGUGAAGAUCCGGGACUGGUACCAGAGGCAGAGGCCCGUGGAGAACAGGGACUACAGCUCCUACUACAAGACCAUCGAGGACCUGAGGAACAAGAUCCUCACGGCCACCGUGGACAAUGCCAAUGUUGUCCUGCAGAUUGACAAUGCCCGCCUGGCUGCGGAUGAUUUCCGUACCAAGUACGAGACUGAGCUGAACCUGCGCAUGAGCGUAGAGGCGGACAUCAACGGGCUGCGCAGGGUGCUGGACGAGCUGACCCUGGCCAGAGCCGACCUGGAGAUGCAGAUCGAGAGCCUGAAGGAGGAGCUGGCCUACCUGAGGAAGAACCACGAGGAGGAAAUGAACACCAUGCGUGGCCAGGUGGGCGGCGACGUCAAUGUGGAGAUGGACGCGGCCCCUGGCGUGGACCUGAGCCGCAUUCUGAACGAGAUGCGCGACCAGUACGAGAAGAUGGCUGAGAAGAAUCGCAGGGACGCGGAGGAGUGGUUCUUCAGCAAGACGGAGGAGCUGAACCGCGAGGUGGCCACCAACACUGAGGCUCUGCAGAGCAGCAAGACUGAGAUCUCUGAGCUGCGGCGCUCUGUGCAGAACCUGGAGAUCGAGCUGCAGUCCCAGCUCAGCAUGAAAGCAUCCUUGGAGAACAGCCUGGAGGAGACCAAAGGCCGAUACUGCAUGCAGCUGGCCCAGAUCCAGGACAUGAUCGGCGGCGUGGAGGAGCAGCUGGCCCAGCUGCGCUGUGAGAUGGAGCAGCAGAACCAGGAGUACAAGAUCCUGCUGGACGUGAAGACGCGGCUGGAGCAGGAGAUCGCCACUUACCGCCGCCUGCUGGAGGGCGAGGAUGCCCACCUCUCCUCUGCUCAGUUCUCCUCUGGCUCCCAGUCAUCCAGAGAUGUGACCUCCUCCAGCCGCCAAGUCCGCACCAAGGUGGUGGACGUGCACGAUGGGAAGGUGGUGUCUUCCCACGAGCAGAUCCUGCGUACCAAGAACUAGGGCCCAUGGCACUGCUCAGGCCCCGGAGGCCCCCCCGCAUCGCUGCCAGAUGCCCCGUCCCGCCUCCCAAGCCCCGCAGGCCCCGCCCUGCCCCUGCUCCUGCCCCCUCCUGCAAAUCAAUAAAGCUUCUGUGUCUGAGUUGCACAA